AUGAUUUCUCGCAAAGGAAAAUCUAAAAACAAAUAUGAGGUUUUGAAUCUCUCUUCAUCUUCUUCAUCCUCUUCUCCAUCUUCAUCAUCAUCCAAUGCCUCAACCCAGUCCCAAUCUGUUCAUCGAACUCAAAUUUCGUCUAAGCAUGCCCCAUCAAAUGCUAAAAGAAUUCCCUCUGGACCUUCUAAUAACAAUAACAAUUCCAAUACCAGCAGGAAUGGAAAUUUCCCCUCAAUCCGCCCCAACAAUUACAACAAUUACAACAACAACAACAAUAAUAAUAAUAAUAAUAACAACAAUAAUAGCAGCACCCACAAUCCCUCAUUUCAAUCGAAGUAUAAACAAUCAGCUAAACCUUUUGUUGUGCGUUCAAAUUCUCUUCCCUCUUAUGCUCAUGCAGCAAAGAAUUGGCAAAAUAGAGGAGAAAAUUAUAACCGAACCGGAUCUAAUGUUCCAAUUCGCAGAAGCCAACUUGCAAAUUCCAAUUCUCCUCUUUCAGACUCAAAGCGAAAGCCGUCUUAUCAUCGAAAUGAAAAUAGGUCACCUAAGUCAAAUGAACGAGGAACAAAAGAUAUUCAUACAUUUUCCGACUCUAGUUCUUUGAUUAAGUAUCCAGCAGCUUGUAUUUUUGUUGCAAGUCUUGUCAAUGGUAUCACUCUUGGUGACCAUAAGGAAAUGCUUCAGUCUCUUUUCUUUAAGCUUUGCGGAACUUAUCCAGAAAUCAAGGUUUUGAAAGACAAUAAAAACCGGCCCUAUGCUUUUGUUCAAUUUGAAACUAUUGAAGAAGCCAAAGUUGCACUAAAGAGAGCUCACGGCUACAUUUUGAAUAAACGCCCUUUAAGAUGUGAGCGGGCUCGCGUCAAUAGAACGAUUUUUCUUUCACCCAAGAAUGAUGGCGCCACCGUGGAAACUAACUUGUUUCAGGAAACAAAAAGGGCUGUUGAAGCGUUUGGAAAGAUUGAAGAGCUUAUUGAAGCUAAGUCCACGAAUCUUCCAAAUUCUAGCGAAUUUUUUCCAAAUGAAUGCUUUGCAAAGUAUGCUUUUCGUGCCGAUGCGAUUAAAGCCUUUAAUGAUGAGACAUUCAACUCUAAAUGGAAUGUCACUUGGUCUCAGAAUGUCGACUCUAUGCUUGAUCUUAACAAGCUCGACUCGCGCUCAAUUUCAAUCAAGGGCCUUGGUUCAGAUAUAACUGAAGAAAAGCUUUGGGAGCGUUUUAUUAAUUAUGGCCCUAUUAAAGAUGUUUCUAUUGUCAGACUUUUGAAGCCUGAAUCUGGUGCAGUGGCAUACAUUAAAUUUGAAAAUGAGUUGAGCCCGCGUGAAGCAACUCUCAAAGAGAAUGGAAACAUGUUUGACAAUAAAAAAAUUGAGGUUGAGCAUCGUCUUGUGGUGAUUUCUUUUGAAGGUGACGAUGCUGUGGCUAGACCUGAUCCUCGGGUUCCUUCUGCAGCACCACCCAACCUGACUGGCAAUGGAACUUCUAGUAGCUUCAAGCCUUACUAUAACCCUUAUAAUACCUUUACAAGUGUUGGGGGCUCAAGUCAAGCUGUUUUGUCCAAUGCACCUAAUCCUCGCAGUUUUAGUGCUAAUCAGUUUUACUCACCUAAUUCUGGACAGUAUAGCGGAACUUACAUGCCUCCCUCUGGGUAUGAAGGCUUGUCUUUUUAUCCUCCUAUUCUUGCAACACCUCCUUCGGCAUCUGUGCCUCGUUAUACCCCACAGAUGUAUCCCGGUGUCUCUUAUGGAUAUUAUCCCCACGCUUCUAUUCUUAGCCCACCGCUUAGUUCUCCUCUUCGAACCGAUGUGUCUCCUGGAGCUAAUAGUGCUGGUCCAGGAAGUGGAAGCACCAGCACUAUGUCAAGUGCUUCUGUUGGUGGAACUAAGGAAGGUGUUCCAUACUACUUUGAUGGUGAAUAUGCUCGUUUUCUUGCUCGGCAAGGGUCCAUGGCUAUGAUGAAUCCAGCUAUGAUGUCUGGUUAUCCUCAGGCUGCGUAUAACUAUGCUAUGGUGGCAGCCUUGCAUGCGGCAGCCAACCAACAACAGCAACAGCAACAACAAUCACCGGCCCAGCCUCAACAAAAAUCUUUUCAGCCUCAGUCUAUGGCUUCGGUGGUAAAUUCAACAGGAAAGGUGGCUAGUGAAAGCCAUACUGAGGCUUCUAUUUCUAGCCACAAAUAA